GAUCAAAUUCACAGAGACUUAGUCAGAAAUAAACACAAAAACAAAGGCAUUGCUUCCAAAAGAAAAGACUUGGCAGGGGCCAUCCAGCACCCUAACAGCCACCAUCAUCCCAAUCUCUCUGGGUUUACAGUUAACAACACAGGGCCAAAGCAUAGAAUUAAACCGAGCAACCACAGUGCUGUGGUAAAGCACUAUGCACGGGCAGCAGACAGACAGGCAGCCAGAUGGCACAGGAAAGCAGACACACCAAUACACGGCAGCCAUGCAAGUGCAAAGCUAGGUCAACAUCACAAGGAAAAACACAGAGCAGCAACAAAUCACUCUGGCAAAUCUGACAAAACCACUAAGGAGGGGCAGGCUGUGAAUAAGUCCUCUAGGGAUCUAAAAAAACAACACAAUCCCUUGGAAGAGAAGAAAAAGAAUCCUGGCUCGGCUUUCUCCAACCAAAAGACAGCCAUGAAGAAAAAGGAGGGCGGCUGGUGUCGGAGCUUUAGAGAGCAGGACUUUCCAGACAGUGACCGGAGGAGGAUCAGAGUUAGACCAGAUCUCCAGCCCUGGCUCAGCAAAGGUGACAUCAAUAAGAUGGAGCUCCUAGCAGGGGGGGAGGUGGUCAGUAAGGCCAGGGUGCCCGCACAUGGACAGGUGCUCCAAGUGGCGCUGGAUCCUCCCGCACCCCAGCAGAAGAGUGAGCCACCUGAGGGAGGACCUGCCCACAGACGUGCAGGGACCCACAGUGAGCGUUGCCAGCAGGGCCACUGCUCCCUCGUCAAACGCACCGACGACUGGUUUGAAGUGUUCGCCUUCCACCUGGACCGGGUGCUGGGUCUCAACAGGAGUCUCCCUGCUGUGCUGAGGACUUUCCACAGUGACAUUUUACCAUACCGAUAUAUCAGCGGCACACCCAGACCUGUCGUGUGGUGGGAUCCAGAUAUUAAGCACCUGGCUGAUAAAGACAAUGACCAAAACUCAGUACCACUCAGCUGGGCCAGGUACCAGAAGCUGCUGCAGGUCCACUGUGGGAGCAAAGCAAACUUGAAGACAGCGCCCUGUGUGGGAGUAGACCACCCAGAGUGGGGGAGACUGGCUCUCUACGACUUCUUAUUACAGGUAAAUGACCGGCUGGACAGGUACUGCUGUGGCUUCAAACCCGACCCAACAGACCUCUGUGUGGAGAACCUGCUGUACACCAAGUGUGGCAACACCAACGAGCUGCUGCUGGUUCACAUCCUGGUGAGAAAGGCAGAUCCCUCAACACUGGUGUUCAUAGACAACGCAGGCCGACCGCAGCAGUCCGCCAACAACCUUAACUUCAGGCUGGUGGAGGGCAUUGAUGAGUUUCCAGAGAGUGCAGUGUCAGUGCUGCAGUCAGGCUGUCUAGAGAGUCUUCUGUUACACUCCCUGUACACAGACAGGGAAUUCUGGGACAGCCAAGGCGGUGCCAGCGGCUUCAGGACUAUCAUCCAGACUGUGGAGCAGAGAGGGAAGAUCCUCCUCCAGCACAUCAGAGACAAGAAGCUACGUGUCAACAGGGACCUGUGACCAGGCUGAGCCGACACAUGAAACACACCAUGCUGUUUGAUAAGCUGACUUUUUAAUCAAAAUACAUAAAAUAAAGAUCAAAAGAGGUGUUAGUGAACAGAAGCUUAAAGAAUGUUAAUGGUUCAGCCAAUGAAAAACCUCAGCAGACACUAAGCGUAAUGCAGUACACUGACCGAUCUAUCAAAGUCUAUUUAAAUCACGAGUCAUCCGGUUAACCGUCAAAUGUGACUUUCAAAUGUAUUUAAAUAUUUGUAUUACGAUAUUACUACGGUAUUCAGUGUACAUUUAUUGACAGCAAAGCUGGUAGGGGAACCCAGACACAAUGUAAGAGUUAGCUGUUUGCCCUUAUGGGUUAGCUGUUAGCCAUUUGCGGUAAGCAGUUAGCUGUUACCUGUAAGCCGUUACCAGUUAGCUUUUAGCUGUCACCUGUUAGCUUUUAGUCGUUACCAGUUAGCUGUAAACUGUAAGCCUUUACCAGUUUGCUUUUCGCCGUCACCAGUUAGCUGUUAGCUUUUACCCGUAACCAGUUAGCUGUAUGCUACAGCUCCCACAUUGUUGGAUUUGUUGGUCUUUUUUUUGGCUACAUGUGGAAGUUGGUUUGUUAACAUUGGUUGGAUCAUUGGUCAGGCUAAUGUCACCUUGACCCUAUGAUGAUUACUGUUUUAUGCAGAUAUGUUUAUAAUAACAUUAGUCCUUCAGAGAGUUUUGAAAGGUUAAAGCACAGACAGACAACAUAUUUUGGGUGGAGUAUUUUUCCUUUUUAUAUGCUGGUAAUAUUGGGAUAUGAAAAAUAUCUCUGGCUGCUAACAUUAACAGUUUAGUCAUAUCUUCUAUAAGCUACGUCAUUAUCAAAGAAAACCAUCUUCACCACAGCUUACAAUCAUCUGCAGGUAUUGCUAUAGUUCAAGUAAAGUCAAAAGGUUAUUUAAUAAUCAAUAAAGGUCAUUAAGGUUACAAAAUGUCCUUGUUCCAUUGGAGGAGCUUUUUUAUCAACUUAAGUUUGAGCCAAAACGACAAAGCAACCGUCCUGCUGCGGGGGUGAUUGAUAGAUGUCUGUUUUUGAUGUUUCUGCUUUUUAUUGAGGGAUUAGAAAUAUCUUUCAGAAAAAAGUUUCAGGACUGGAUCCGGGAAGCUUUUUCAUGAAAAUGGAGAUGAUGUCACUUGAAGCUGUUUCUUGCAUUGCCUGCUCUGAAUUAAAAUUCCAGUUGUAACUGUUGAUGAAUUCUUUGCUACGGCACCUCUUUGAUCAGAGAAUAAAUGGUUCAAAUGUC